CAGUUGCGAUACGAAACGUUCACGCUCGUUUUCACACUGCAUGUGACCGCCGGGGCAUGAACACGCGCGUCUCGUAAUCGGCCCGAAUCAGUUUUUUUUUAUUUUAUUUUAAUUGCACGCGACGACAGUGCGAUCGACAGCAGUUUCGUUACUUUCGUAGAGCCGUUGUAGCACGCGACCGCGCGAAAAUAGUGCCAGGCCGCCAUAACGAUACCGUGCAAAAUAUCGCGUGUGGCGUCGACGAACCUGUGCCCACCGCCGAGUACCGACCACCGGAGCUCCGAGCCCCCACGAUCUGUGCUAUUUUUAAUGUUUUGUACCAAUUGCGGAAGUGAGGAUGGAUAUUCGAAACGAGAUGAAUCUUCAGUUUUUAGACUUAAAUGAUUUAACUGACAAUGAUAAGCGUCAGAUUAUUACCAUUCUCAAAUCUGACGUUACUGAAGCCUUGGAAUUACCAUGGGACGCUAAAAAUGUGGAGGGUAACAACAACAAUGUUAAUUCUGUCGCAGUGACAGAAAUACCCGAAAUUCAGCAACACCAUUGGUAUAAUACCAUGGCACCGGCGGCCACUUAUCAGCAACAGAUGAUGACUCAAAUGUGUAACGACUGGCAGGCAUCAAUGUAUAAUGUUUCCGCCAAUGGCCACAUGCCGCCGUUUAUGCCUGGGAUGGCGUAUGCCCAUGCUGGAUACAAUCUCGGCGCUGAAAUUCAAGACAUGAAUUACAACAGGGAAAAUACACGCCGCAGUCGGGGCAGAGGUGUAAGGAGAGACAAUUACAGCCGCGCACUUAAUCCCGCUAACGAGGUGCAGCCAGGAUACAUGGGACAGGAACAGGCGCAAUAUCCGCAGAUACCGGUCAUGUACAUUUUCCCCGACCAUUCCGUCUCCACGCAACAGCAUCAAGUGGCUACCGGGCAAAUCUAUUACACAUCGCCAAUGUACUCGUCGAUCCCUCAUCCGCAUCCAAAUGCACCACCAAUCUCGUCUAAUUCGCAUGCACAACCGACUUAUCCCCAGCCGCCGAGUCAAGCGCCGCAGAUGAACAGAUGCGUGCGACAAUCGCAACCUGUGCCAUCCCAGCAACCGAGUCAAGAACCCGCGAGACAACAACCGGUCGUUGUUAAAUCGCUUGAUAAACAUGUACAAAGCCCUUCUGAUAAAUCGGCACAUCAACUGAACGAGAGUAACUCCUUGCAAGGUAACGUCGUUAACGCCGCUCUUGUAGAUAUGCCCGCAUUAGAAUCCUCUGUGAAAAGCGUAGACGAAAACACUGCCAAUAAAACUAGUGCGGCUAGCAGUGAGAAGGUUGAUGCGAAGCUCCAACACAAUAUUGUGUGGACUGUAAGUGAGAAUUGUAAUGGCACGGAGAAAGUUGAUGUGCCAUGUGUAAAUACUACUAAUGACGUGAAGGUGAACCAAACUAACGAGACGGACAAGAAGUUAAAAAACGAAACUGUACCCAGUGUCACAACGAAUGCCGUAAAGACCUCGCCUAAAUCUGUUUCUGUCAAGACGGACAAAAAUGAAACGCAGAUUGAGGAAAAUUGCAAACCCGUAGCACAAACAGUUAGUGCUCAGAAUGAAUCGCCAAAAGCGCCGGUUCAGAAGGAAUCGACUAGUCCUGUUCGCACGCCAGAGGCGGAAAACAUUUCGUCUGACACACCAGCUGUACAAAAUGGCAUAUUACAGAAUUGUUACGAUGAUCCUAAUACGUACAGAAUAGGUGAAUUUUUAUCAAAUUAUCAAAUGGAUAAGCAAACGGUGAGCUUAUUACCGAGGGGAUUGACAAACCGCAGCAAUUAUUGUUAUAUCAACAGCAUCUUACAAGCUUUACUCGCGUGUCCACCAUUCUACAAUCUUCUCUCGGCUUUGCCACUUCCUAAAAACCGAAGCAGAAAUUCUGCUACGCCCUUGAUUGAUAACAUGGUCAAGUUUGUUCGUGAGUUUUCGCCCUUGACGGAGGCCGCUCGUAUGCCCAGGAAAGAUAGAGUUCACAAACGAGGAGAAGAUACUGUCUUGGACAUAAUUAGUGGCAUUGCGUUUGAACCAUCGUAUGUAUAUACAAUGUUAAAACAUGCCUCUGCUGCUGGUGCCUUUUCUGUGGAAGGACGGCAGGAAGAUGCGGAAGAAUUCUUGUCAUGUCUCUUAAAUGGAAUCAAUGACGAAAUGUUAGAGUUGAUGAAAUUGGUCAGCAACGAUCAAAGUGCCAUCGGUAACGCGAAAAAUAUCAAUAACGACUGCGAUGAGGAGGAGUGGCAGGUAAUGGGACCAAAAAAUAAAGGCGCUGUUACACGGUGCACAGAAUUCGGAAGGACACCGAUAUCCGACAUCUUCCGCGGACAGUUACGAUCUAGGGUGUCAAGAUCGGGAGAACAACCUACGGAUAAUGUACAACCGUUUUUCACACUGCAACUUGACGUUCAAAAAGCCGAAUCUGUAAAACACGCCCUUGAGAUACUCGUCGGCAAGGAUCAAGUGGAAGGAUUGACUUGCAGUAAGACGAGACAACAGAUAGAGGCUUGGAAACAAGUCACUUUGGAAGAACUGCCCGUCAUCCUUAUAUUACACCUGAAAUGGUUCGUGUACAAGUUCGAUAAAUAUUCCAACGGCUGUUCCAAAAUAUUAAAGACCAUGGAGUUCCCCGUCGACCUGAAAAUUGAUGGCAAAAUUUUAACACCGAACACUGCGAAGAAAUUAGGACCCAAACAAAAACAAUACAAAUUAUUCGCGGUGACGUAUCACGAUGGGAAGGAAGCCACCAAAGGACAUUACUUCACCGACGCCUUCCACGUGGGAUACGGGUCCUGGGUAAGAUACGACGACAGCACGGUGAAGAGUGUCCCAGAAAGCAACGUAUUGAGGCCCGCGUCACCUAGGGUACCUUACUUACUUUAUUAUCGAAGGUGUGACACGAUUGGUAAUAACCAGUCUAAUAGUGCAAAAGCACAUUGAAAUAGUUACAUAAAAAUUUAUAUAGAAAAAAGCUAUGUUCCAUUCGAAAUGGAACGAAAAAAAAAAUUCUUUUUACGAUUUCAAAGUUCUUGUUGAUAUUUAU